AUGUUCCGCAAUGCAGGCUCCUUCAAUCAAGACAUAUCAUCAUGGGAUGUUUCUUCUGUAACUGAUAUGCACGGAAUGUUCUGGAAAGCAUCUGCUUUCAGGCAAGGCUUGACAUCAUGGGAUGUUUCUUCUGUCACCAAUAUGGCAGGGAUGUUUCGUGCUACGGUCUUCAACCAAGACAUUUCAUCGUGGGAUGUCUCUUCCGUAUCCAACAUGGGGCAAAUGUUUCAGAGCGCAUCAGCCUUUAAUCAAGACUUGUCAUCGUGGGAUGUUUCUUCCGUCACUACUAUGCAAUCAAUGUUCAACGGUGCAAAUCAGUUUAACCAGCACCUAUCAUCGUGGGAAGUUUCUUCUGUCACGAAUAUGGAUAACAUGUUCCGCAAUGCUAGGUAUUUCAAUCAAGACUUGUCAGGAUGGGACGUUUCUUCUGUCACGAAUAUGCAUAUCAUGUUCUCUGGGGCAGAAUCCUUCAAUGGAGACAUAUCAUCAUGGGACGUUUCUUCCGUCACCAAUAUGUGGCACAUGUUCUAUGGGGCAGAAUCCUUCAAUCAAGACAUAUCAUCAUGGGACGUUUCUUCCGUCACCAACAUGGCAAGCAUGUUCAGCAGGGCAAUAUCUUUCAAUCAAGACAUAUCGUCAUGGGACAUUUCGUCUGUUUCAAACCUGGGGUCGAUGUUCUCCAGGGCGGAAUCUUUCAACCAAGAUAUUUCAUCAUGGAAUGUUUCUUCCCUUGGAAGCCUUUCUUCCAUCGGCGGCAUGUUCAACAGAGCAACAUCGUUCAAUCAAAACCUUUGUCCAUGGGGCUCGCGCAUUCCGAGCGGUAAUUUUGAUUUCAACAACCGUAUUAUCAUCGAAGUGUUUUCUGACACGCGAUGCCCUUAUCGACGGGAUCGAACAGUCAUGCCUGCCAAUCCACCCGGUCCCUUUUGCUACGAGUGUGAAUAG